CAUUCUUUUUCCUCAUAAAUAAUGAACUAUGAAAUAGUGGGAAGUAACCACCAUUCCUGUGACACAACGUAAGAAUUAAUUGAUGAAAGACAACAACGUAAGUAUUAAUUUGAUGAAAGGGUGGGAAUAGUAACCGCUUUUUAGGAACGUGCACAACUACUUAAAACAUUUUCUUAAAUGCAUUUCCUUUUUAAUUGAGCAAUGAAUGUAGUCAAUAUUAGACUUAUUGAUAAAGUGAUUUGAUUUUAGAAAUUAUUUUGGGGAAAAUAUAAGAGAAAAAGGUCAAAAAAGAUAAAUAAGAAUGAUAACAAUAGAGAGGUGCCACAUCACCUUGUCACAAUAAACACCACGUGAACAGGAGAGAGUGCAUAUAUAAGUCUAAAAAAAAAUCAAAAAAAAAAAAAAUCAAAAAAAUAGGAGUUGACUAUGUCUUCAAAGAUUAAUUUGUUCAUCUGUUUCUUCAUUUUUCAUGUGUUGGCUGCUGCUAGUGUUUCCGAGAGCAAUAUAGGGAUUUAUGAGUUAAAGAAGGGAGAUUUCUCUGUCAAGCUCACAAAUUAUGGUGCCAGAAUCAUCUCUGUUUUUCUUCCCGAUAAGAAUGGUAAAGUAGAUGAUGUUGUUCUUGGAUAUGACACCAUUCAGGAAUACCUGAAUGAUACAAGUUAUUUUGGAGCUACCCUUGGAAGGGUUGCUAACCGGAUUGGUGGUGCUCAAUUUACUCUUAAUGGAACCCAUUAUCAGCUUGUCCGCAAUACUAGAAAACACAUGUUGCAUGGCGGUCCUAAAGGAUUUAGCAACGUUGUCUGGAAGGUGAGCGAGUACGUGAAGGAUGGUCCAUGUCCUUACAUAACUCUAACCUACUUCAGUCCCGACGGUGAUCAAGGAUUUCCUGGUGAUGUUCUUGCCUCUGUUACCUAUGCAUUAAAAGAUCCUUACAAACUUAGUGUGGUAUUUAAGGCAAAAGCACUGAACAAGGCCACUCCAAUUAACCUGUCUCACCACCCUUAUUGGAAUAUUGGUGGACACAAUAGUGGCGAUAUCUUGUCCAACGCUAUUCAAAUCUUUGGAUCACACAUCACCCUAGUUGAUAAAGAGCUCAUUCCCACGGGGGAAAUUUCCCCUGUCAAAAACACGCCUUACGACUUCCUUAAACCACGUAAGGUGGGGAGCAGGAUCGAUAAACUCCAAAAUGGAUAUGACAUCAACUAUGUACUCGAUGACACUGAAAAAAUGAAACGUGUGGGGAUAGUUUAUGAUAAGAAGUCUGGAAGAGUGAUGGAUGUAAAAACAUCUGCACCUGGUGUUCAAUUCUACACUUCAAAUUGGGGUAAUAGAACUGUAAAAGGGAAAGGUGGAUUUGUGUAUCAGAGUCAUGCAGCAUUGGCUUUGGAAACUCUAGUGUUCCCUGACGCUGUGAAUCAUCCAAAUUUCCCGUCGAUAAUUGUGAAUCCAAGAGAGAGAUACGUCCACAAAGUAUUGUAUACAUUCUCCAUAAAGAAAUACUAGGAUGCUUAUAUUUAUUUAUUUCCACUAUCCCUUCCGUCUUUUGUAUUAUCUUCUGCAUAAAUUGACAUUUCUGUCAUGGUUUUAUGUUCUUUGUGACAAAUAAAACACCUGACAUUUUGACUCAAAAAUGGAUAGUAUUUGUUUUCCUAGA